AUGUGGUUGAGACGUAUGCCUGUGGUUAUAGGCGUAGGCAACACGCAACGCAACGCAACACGGAAACUCGCUGAGGAUUCUUGGGAAGGGAUAUCCCUUGAGUUAGAAAAGGGAUGCGAAGGCGAAAGGAGUUUAUACUCCGUUCGCAACUUCGUUCGUAACUUCGAAGAAAACCUCCCCUAG